UAUUGUAUUAUGACAGUUAAGGUGAUUUUGUUGUUUGGUGUAGUAUGGAUCCUGAGCUUGACUUUUUGUUUUUUGUUCCUUUCUUUUUUUAGCGCGUUAAUUGUAAUUCAAUUGAAGCUUCCUUGUACUUUCAAUGUGACGGGUUACUUCAAUGCCUUUAUAUACAGUUUGAGAGUUGCAGUUUUGGGUUACCUGUGUUUUAGUCUCUGGAGUUUUGUUGUUUUUCAGCUGGUUAAUCAUUCAGUUAUUGGGGUUUUGAUGGCUGUGAAGCGGCUCUUUGGCGAGGAUGAUCUCGGCUCCGACGUUCCGAGCCGGGAAUCCAAAAGAUUUGCAAGUGUUGUUACAGAUGUGAUGAAAGGAAUUUCAGUACAGGAAUUCGCAACAAGGAUGGAGCCUUUUUUUCGAAGUUUGGUGAGGGAGGAGGCUGAACGUGCAAUUCUACGCUUUCAUCACUCCUCUUCAAGACCAUCACUUAAUCAAAUCGAGUCAUCUGGAACAAGUGCUUGGCAGUUGCAUUUUGUCACCAAAUUGCCCUCAACCCUGUUCACAGGGAGCAGGAUAGAAUCUGAGGACAAUAAACAAGUUAAAAUAGUUAUAAUUGAUGCUUUGUCAAAGAAGAUAAUAACAUCUGGUUCCCUAUCUUCAAUUAAGAUUGAAAUUGUUGUCCUGGAUGGUGAUUUUGUUGUUGAUGAUCAAGAAGAUUGGUCUGAGAAGGAGUUCAAUGCCAAAGUUAUACGUGAAAGAGAGGGCAAAAGGCCACUGGUGACUGGGGAUAGGGUAAUUACAAUGGAAAAUGGAGUUGGCUAUAUUGGUGAUAUCAGCUUUACGGAUAAUUCAAGUUGGAUAAGAGGUCGAAAAUUCAGGUUGGGAGCCAGAACUGUUCAAAGCAUUUCCACUGAAGCAAGAAUCAGGGAAGCAAGAAGUGAAGCUUUUAUAGUAAAAGAUCAUCGUGGAGAGUCUUAUAAGAAGCACCACCCUCCAUCUCUGGGUGAUGAAGUAUGGCGCUUGGAAAAGAUAGCAAAAGAUGGUGCAUUCCAUACACGGUUGGCUGAUAAAGGAAUUCGCACCGUGAAGGACUUCCUUCGGUUCCGUGCCAUUGAUGAAUCAUCACUGCGCAAAUUGCAGACACUUGGUGGUGGGAUCUCUAACAAGUCAUGGCAGGCAAUCAUAGAUCAUGCUACUGCUUGUGUUUUAGAUGAUAAGAUGUACUUGUACUACAUGGAGGCUGAAAGAGUUGGGCUUUUGUUCAAUUCCAUCUAUCAUGUUAUAGGAGCAAACUUUGACGGCCAGAAUUACCAGUCUCUGCAUACACUCAACUCAUAUCAGAUGCGGCAGGUGCAAGAUUUGAAGCAGCAUGCUUAUAAAAAUUUGAAUAACUUGGUUGAAAUUAAUGAGCCAUCUCUUGUUGGCCCUUCAUUGCCAUUAUCAAGCCUCCAAGACCAGUUUGGCAGUCCAAAUUUAGUUCAGGAUGUUAAUUUCCCAGUUUCACAGCAAGAUCAGCUGGAGAUGCAGCUGGGUUUCAAUCAUACAACUUCAACCGGCUAUGGCUUUGAAGUGGAAGAUGGUAGUCAAUUAGAGGUUUCUAUGGGACUGAAUUGUCACCCAGUGCAAGCUUUCCUUCCAAUGCUGAGUAACAAUUUGGUGGUGACUGAUUCUUGCCCUGGACCCUACAGUGAAGCAAACAAUUGGGCUCCCGGUGGGUCUCUGGGUCAAGUUGUGCAGAUUGGUCACCCAAUUCCUGAAUAUAAUGCUCACUUGGAAACGUCAACAUGGAAAGGGAAUGGAUUCUUCUUUCCUCCAAGCAAUGGAAGAGUUGGAAUUCGUUCAUCUAAUUUUGGUAUCCAGAUCUCAAGGAAUGGAAAACCUAAAGUGAGGUGGUUUAAGGUUCGGGCUGCCUUGAAGUGGGGGAUAUCGGUUAGGCGGGAUGUGGCUGCUAAAAGAAUGGCAGGGCUCCUUUUACCUAAAUGUCUAACCUACAGCUUUUAAGAAGCUAAAUCAAAAUUUGUGGAGGUAAGCUUCUCCUUAAAGGAUUAGGUUAGUUUUUGGAGUAUGUUUUGAUCCACUUUAGCAUCAAAUGCAAAGGAAGGUUCUUGUAUAUACGUAGUUCAUGGAAGCUAGUAAUAGCAUGAUCACACCACGUCCUUUUUUAUUCUUUCUUUCGUUUACGGUGAGUCAGGUUAUAUAAUGUCAGUUAGUCUGGAUGUUGCUGCUAAAAGAUGGCAGGGGUUCUGUUUCAAUUCGAGACUUACGAGCCCAGGAAACAAGCUCCUAGUAUCAUCUGAGACUUAGUACAGUGGUUUUUAUUAUUUUUUUUUAUGUCCUCUUGCAAUGUAGAGUUCUGUUUGCAUCAAGUGCAAAUUUGGUGUCUGUACAUAAUAAGUGUUCAGAUGAAUACUGUAUUGUAUUUGAGAUUUGAAACUUCUACUGUGUUAUUUGCAUCGAUCGGUGUUGUGUAAUGAUCUCUGUUGUCAACUGCAUUGUAAAAAUGGCUUCUAUAAUUCUGCUUAUAACAUUUAUAUUUUAUAAA